GUCCGUGUGCGCCGUGCAGGCUACGCACAUCGCGUAGCGGUUUCGAUAAUGGCGUCUGACUCCGAGAUGCGCUCGGCUUUGGAAAAAUGAAGCGUAGAAGAGAUUAUUUUCAGUGAUUUACGCGGCGCUUAUUUCAAUUCGCGGACUUUGCCUCUUUUGCCGCGCGGCAGGUUCAGGUUGCGAUCUCAGUCGCGACGCCCAGCCCGAGAUGAUGAAGCUCAAGUCGAACCAAACGCGCACCUAUGAUGGAGACGGGUACAAGAAGCGGGCCGCCUGCCUGUGCUUCAGGAACGAGACCGAGCAGGAGGUGUUACUGGUAAGCAGCAGCAGAUAUCCAGACAAAUGGAUCGUACCCGGAGGAGGAAUGGAGCCCGAGGAAGAGCCCAACGUCGCUGCUGCACGAGAAGUCUGUGAAGAGGCUGGUGUUAAGGGCACUUUAGGAAGACUAGUAGGAAUAUUUGAGAAUCGAGAUAGGAAACACAGAACGUACGUCUACGUUCUCAUCGUAACCGAAGUUCUGGAAGAUUGGGAGGAUUCAGUCAACAUUGGGAGAAAAAGGGAAUGGUUCAAAAUCGAAGAUGCCAUAGAAGUGUUGCAGUGUCACAAACCAGUACAGGCCACUUACUUCGAGGCCCUGCAGGAAGGCUGUGUGAACAGUAACGGGACGCCCCUGGUGGCCACGAUAAGCGGAGACCUGUCGCCCACCUACAGCAUUAAUCAGAGCUCGGUCUCUGAUAUCAGAUAACUAAUGAAAAACACAGACACUCCGGAAGCUUCCACCACUCUUGCUCUUACUUUCAUUAUUCUGUUCUUUUGAUUCCUUUUCUUUAAAACACACAAAAACAACGGUUUGCCAAGGCCUUAGAGCACCGAGAAGGUGGAGCAGACAUCAAGUGUUGGCUGAAUAUUCGAAACGAUGUUUUGUAAAUGUUACACUUUAGCUAUUUCCUGUUUAAACCUCUUUUCAUGCGGACUGUUGCAUGAACCCCCGACCCACGUCCUUUUAGCGGCCCAAGUGUGAGAUUAAACGAAAGCAAGAACUACUUUUUACUGUUGUGAUGUAAAAAUAUACACAUGGAGCGUCAGCAUGUGGCUUUCAGUAUUUUUACACAUUAGAUUUCCUCUGCGUGUGUAAGUGUGAACGUGUUUUUCAUUAGGUCUCUUUUGGCGGUUGUGAGAGAAAACAUUUAGUCUUCUAAACGGUGGAACUGUAAGAAAUGAAUAGUUUGCAUGAACACUGGUAUUUAUUUGUCUCAUGAGUUUGUGUGAUGCGAUGAAUGUUUAACUUGUACUUUGUGUUAAAUUGUUGCUCUUAACUUGCCCAUUUUUUAAAAUUUUUUUUUUGUCUUGCCAUCUUGUAAAUAACUUAUGGGUCCGCAAAAACAUAUUUAAUUUAUACUAAUACCUGAUUCGACUGGAGCGCAAUUCUACAAGCGCACACUUUUUUUGAAUCCAGUUCAUUUUUUCCAACCCGCUGAUGUUUGAAGGACUUUGAAUUUAGUAUUGCAAACAUUACAGUGAAUCUUGAGUGUAAUUUGUGCCACUAGCAGCACCAAGUCAUUGUAAAUUAAUUGUUCUGACAUUAUUUUUGCAAUUCGGUUUGGUGCGGCUAGUGAUGUAGAAACGAAACAGUUCCCCUUUAAGCAGACUGUGAUAUAGCGGUGGUAUGGUUUGGCAGGUUGUUGUUUUCUGCAGCACUUUUUAAAAUCAACAUGAAAACAAAAUGGACUCAACUUACUUUUUAACGUAUUUUCCUGGUUUCAUUAAUGCCCCAUAUUGUGCAACUGCAAUCCCAUUAUGGUAUGAAACACUCACUUUUCAAGAUGCAUUCACUUCCAGAUGGAUAGAGGUCUUGUUUCGUUUCUUCCUCACAAUACGUUACACAUUUUAAAGAAGUAAAAAGGGUUGCACAUACCAUGUUGAAUUUAAUAAGUGCCACAGUAGAGAAGAGUGGACAGUUAAAUCAAGAAGUAGCUUGGAAACCCUCUCUAAACUAGAAGAUUCACAAGCAAAAACACAGUGAACUAUUAUAAUGUUAUCUGGCCGUUUCGAAAAUGGAUGCUUUUUUCUACCGUAGGUUCAUAUUGUUUCCAUCAAUAAUGAGCAGUUGAUCUUGGGUAAAAUUUAACCACUUUUUUGUCUUAUGGAGUAUACUGAAAUACACCGGAAUAGUUCACCCAAAAAUUUUAAUUCUGUCAUUAUUUACUCAAGUUUUUUCAAACCUGUAUGAGUUUAUUUCUUCUGUUGAGCACGGAAGAAGAGAUUUUGAAGAAUGUUGGUAACCAAACAGUUGACGGUAGCCUUUGACUUUAAUAAUAUUUUUUUUUUCCAUUCUAAUUUUAUGUAUUUUGUGAGUAAAUAAUUACAGAAUUUUUUUUUUUAAUGCAAUUAUCUCUUUAAGGAAGUAGAAUGUGUUUCUUGUUCAUUUUAGCUGUUUACAUUCAAUGACACCUAAAGAGCUAUUUCAAUGGAGAUGGUUAUAUAGUAUUUCCCUUUUUAAUUUUGCACAAAACUAGCUCUAUAGUCUGCACUAGGGCAGUUUUCACAACAUUUCUGAGGGCACUAAUUUUUUCAUCUUCCCUAAGUAGAUUUGGCCAUUAAUAUUCUUCUGACAUCAGUUGCUGAAGGUGUUUUCUGGCCUUCUGUUUUCUUGGACUUCAAGUCCAGCUGAUGAGGUUUUUGGUUGUUUUAACCUCUCACCCUUUUUAGAAAUGACCAUAUCUUCAUCUAGAAAACAUUUAAACAUCGUCUCUUCUUUUGAAAUGUCAAAUGCGUCUUUGAAGCCGAACUGCACGCUCUGUAAAGCGCUUGGAAAGCAGCAGUUGGCGCAAUACUGUGAAUCUUGAGCCACUGUAGUUAGCGAGAUGUUUUGGUGUCUUUUAACUGCUCUUGUACAGAUCAAAACGUCAAAUUCGAGUGCUUGUUGUGUUGUAUAGAUAUGGUACACGUUAGGUUGGGUGAUUUAUUUCCUUGAGACUGAACCGCAUCGUUUUGCUCCUCCGGGAGUUUUAAGUGCAUUUAUGAUGCAAGAUGCUUGUAAAGGACAUUUUUAAUUCAAGAUUUCUUUUUAUUGUUAGUCGAACUGCAAAGUGAGUAAUGAACCCAAAAUCUAAAAAGUGAAUGAACAUACAUAUUUGUGUUUACAUGCCUUUGAUUAAUAUCUAUCAACACUAAUGUCAUUGAAUUUGCAGCUGAUUGCAAGUCUUUCUCUUUCACUUUCAGUGUAGCAUGUAAUCCCUCAUCUGGACUGUUUUCUUGAUUGAAAUGUGUGAUGGUUAUCCUAAUGUACCCCUCAUUUUCAGUAGCACAGCAGCAUAUAACUUUUCGACUCGUGUAGGAAGUGGAAGAGGCUGCGCUGCGCGUCUGUAGCCCAUCAUUGCUGUGAAUGGUCUUAAGCAAUGUCCUACAAGUCAAGGAUGUGAAAUCUAAACUGCUGCAUUUGAUGUGCAUCACAGACCUUGUGAAAUACCCAUAUCCUUACUGAACAUCUCACGGAAAGCACCUUACAUUUUGCCCUGCUUGUGACUCGGAAUGUAAACUUUUGUAACGUAAAUGAGAGUUCGGCCUGGUAAACAUGAUGUAAUUGGUUUAAAUGGGAUGCUGGAACUGUGACAGAUCUCCCGACACUCCGAAACCAAAGCUGAGAGACUUCAGUUUCACAGCUACACCCUUCACUGGAUUGUUUUGCUUUUCAAUUUUGGGAUUGUGAAAUCAACCAGUAUGAGAAUGUAAUAUAAAUGUGCCAACUAAUAAACACCAGUAUUUCA